GGUUUCACGUGGGACGCCAUGCUGAAACAUACGUGUGUAAAUUUCGAACUGCUCACCGAUAUCGAUAUGGUCUUGUUUAUCGAGCGCGGUAUACGCGGUGGCCUCAGUCAAUGUUCCAACAGAUACGCGCGGGCCAACAAUAAAUACAUGUCUUCGUACGACCCGUCGAAACCGUCGUCGUACCUAAUGUACUACGACGUAAACAAUUUGUACGGCUGGGCGAUGUGUCAGCCGUUGCCCUAUGCCGACUUUCGAUGGGUCGACGAUGCCGAGAACUUUGACUGGAGCGCGAUCGCUUCGGAUUCGCCCACAGGGUAUAUUCUAGAGGUCGAUCUAGAGUAUCCUCAAUAUCUACACGAUCGGCACACUGAUCUUCCUUUUUGCCCGACGCGCGAUAAGCCACCCGGCACGCGGCAAGAUAAGCUCCUCGCGACGCUCAGCGAUAAGAAGCGUUACGUCAUCCACUACCGCAACCUGCAGCAAUGCACUCGCCACGGCCUUCGCGUAACGAAGAUUUACCGCGUGUUGCAAUUCGCGCAAUCUCCAUGGCUUCGCGAGUACAUCAAACUAAAUACGAAAUUCAGAACCGAGGCUAGGAACGAUUUUGAAAAAAAUCUGUACAAACUAAUGAAUAACGCGAUAUUCGGUAAGACCAUGGAGAACGUGCGCAAGCACGUCGACGUGAGACUGGCGACAAUAUGGGAGGGUAGACACGGCGCGGAGGCGCUGAUCGCGAAAACAAAUUUUCACAGCCGCAGUGUUUUCGCGGAAAAUUUAAUCGCCGUCGAACUGCGUAAACUCAAGGUACGAUUCUACAAGCCGAUUUACGUGGGUAUGUGUAUACUCGACGUAUCGAAAGUCUGCUUGUAUGAAUUUCACCACGAGUACAUGUUGCCACUGUACCGCGACAAGUGCAAGGUCAUGUACACCGACACGGACAGUCUUAUAUACAUC